CUCCUGCCCCGGCCCCCGCAAAACGCACCGGAGGAGCUGCGCGCGCGUCGCCGGGACACGCCGAGAGCUCCUUAGGACUGUAGCAAAAACAAGCCACCGCCGAACCGCGCGGCUGUUAAGUGAAGAGGCAGCCCCACGGGCAGCCCGGAGCCAUGGCCGUCGACGCCGGCGCCCCGGCGCCCUCGCAACCAGCGGCGCCGACGGAGGAGUGGCCGCCCUACGCCGACCCGUCCUAUAAAAUGCCGGCGUCGAUCGAAGUCACCGUGCAAAAACGGAACGAGGACGACGUCACGCUCACCGUCAAUAUUGAAAAAGAAAAUACGCGGAAGCCGUACCUCGGCGGCUACCGGCACAAGAAAACUGGACGUGUAUACCACCACGCGUCGUCGCAAUCUGUGGUACUAGGCUGCUUGCCUCGAUACCCAGACCCGGACACUAGAAGGCAUAGAGACAGUCAGACGGUGGUAGCAAUCUCGAGAAGCCAGCAAUCGCUGCGCGAGUACGGCACGCAGAUGGCUCGCUUGGAUGUGUUGAUCGACGAGACGGAUGAUAGACACGUGAAGAUCCGACGUUAUUUCACGGCGGCUCAGUUGCUUGAAUUGAAAAGACAGAAAUGUGCUAUCAUACAAAGGUUCUAUCGCGGAUAUUAUGCUCGUAAAAGGGCCUGGGGCAUCCGCCAACGACUCUAUGAUGCCCAAGUGGCCAAGGACGAAGCGGAUCGGGGCGGCGAGACGUUUAGAACCAAGACAAGAGCUAAGGAAGUGGAACGACGUACGAACCCUAGAACCGAGGCAGAUUUUGAAUUACUAUACAACGAGCUCGAGCAGUGGCGCCAGAAGGAGCUCGCUGUUCUUGCGCAGCAGGGCGGGACCAAAGAACAGAGGACCGAUAUAUUGAAUCAACAGACGCGAGCCUUAGCUACUAUUGAUAGACUGAGAGCUACUGCGGUCAAAGCCGGUCGCGAGAAGAAAAUAAAACAGGUCAUGUCGCUCAUGGGCCAGCCGAAGAAGUGGGAGGACAAGUAUGGCGGUGUCCGCGAGGUCCAUACGCAAUUUACCGUAAGGGCCCAAGAGCUCAGGGAUUUAUACGGGGGGUUAUCGGAUGAGAUAGGCGACAUCGAUGAAAGACUAGAGGUUUUGACCAAUGUCAAGUGGACGUGCGAGGAGUUCCCCUGUGCUCUGACGCGAGAUAUCGUGGAGCUCUGCGACCGGGAAGCCGAUCUGUUAAAUAGAGGAAGGUCCGUCGAGUCCAUGGUCAACCUGCGGCGGCGGCUGACGUCUCUCUUUAGGCAGUUCGUCGAUACCCCGGAGUUCAAUCCCGAGGCGGACCGGUUCCUCAAGGUGCCGGGCGUGCGUUUGAUGAACACGCUGCCCGAGUAA